GCAUCUUAGACAUUAAUAACCAAAUUUUGCUUACGGUUUUCAAAAAAACAAAGCAUUUAGGCUAGCAUUCUAUUUCCAAGCUAGCAGUUUUUGCAAAUAAAACAGUCCAUGCGAGGUACACGCGAAGCGGCAAAUGAGCUUCUAAGUGGCUAAAGCCAAGACAAGAACUUAGUUGGAACAGCAAGAGUGAAAGUUGACUCGAUCACUUCUAUAUAUUGUGCGAGGAAUUGUGGAAAUUGAGUCAUUUUGUAAUUAAAAGUUUGUGGUACUGUUAAUUAUGUUCUUGUUGUUGCCAAUGGUAGAUAAACAAAACAAUUUAACGGAAUUUCGUUUAAUUGUGCCACAGUCUAUAGUAGUGUGUAUCUUAGUAAUCUCCUUGUUCCUAAACAAAAAAAAUGCGUAAAGAUCGAUGUAGAUAACACAUACUAAGUUCCAUGAUAAACGUAGUUUUGUUUUUUGUUUUUCUGACAUUAAUAUUUGAUUAUGGAAGCGAACGGAGGACAGUUAUGGUCAAAAUAACACUACCGUUUUCAAUGCAUCAAAGAAAGAGCUCUUUAUUCCAGCGAGUGGCUUUAGAAAUCUUGUGAGGAAACUGACAAAUUAUUGGAAAGUUAUCAUAAAUAAGGAAGAAAUAACCUUGGAGAGAUUGUUGUAUGCUAAUCUGUUUGUUCUUGCUGGACCAAGAGAAAAAAUAUCAGCAAGUGAAUUUGAAGCAAUGAAACCAUAUCUUGAGAAAGGUGGAAGUAUCCUUGUUUUACUGGGAGAGGGUGGUGAGAUCCCUAACGAUUUUUCUAAGAUGUUCGAGAAAGAUUUAUUCAAACUGGAUACAGCAAUCGUACCAGAAGUUCUUAGGAGUUGUCAUGAAAUGCGAGGCUCUACAGUUGAUUCCUCCGCAGUUUGAGACGCCGUUCCCUCCUUUACAAUCAGCGGUAUUCCCGCCGACUUUUCGUGAAUUGUCUGGUCCACCAAUGGAACGUUUUGAUUUAGUUGAUCAUUUUUCAUCAGAAAAAGUCAGAAUUGCUCAAAUCACCAACAAAUGUACUAAGGAAAAGAAAUAUACAACACGUCAAUAAUCUCUUUUACUUAGGUGUCCAACACGCUACCUUUAUAAAUGACCAAAUCUAACCGUUUAUAGCAAUAUUUAUUCACUCCCUGAUUAUGUCAAGAUUGUGACGUAUGUGUAGUGUGAAGUGUCCUUCGACAUUACUGAUACAAACGACAUUUUUGUGGAUAUGUGAAUACAGUUUCGUAGGGACUUUUAUAUAUACUACUACCAUUAACUAACUUACGAGUUUAAAAAUACGUAAAACAGCACUUUAUUGUGGGUUGUACUGUGGUGGGGGAUAUUUGACCUUUGUUUUCAGACGUGUCGUAAUGAUUAGUUUAAUUUCGUCAUGACGACGAUGUAUGACCUUGAAAAAGAUAUAUUCCAUAUUCCAUUAAUAAUAAAUGGCCAUCUGCUUGCUUGGAAACCGCAUUUUCAAAUGUUACAGAAAAUAUACAUUAACAAACUCAUACUUAAAAUCUUCCAACAACAAAAAGCAGGGAGAAUAAAGUAGAUGGUUUCUGAAAUGUUAUAAGUCGAAGUCAACAAAAGCCCAUUCAAUGUUGGACUAAAUUUUCAUUCUUUUUACGUUAAGUGACAGCAAAUUAACUUAGUGAAGACUGAAUUCUGUAAGGUAAUUGGUAGAGUUUGAUAUAUUCAUAACAGAUCGUAUGUUUGUGCCAGUCUACAUCAUUAAAACAAAGCAUUACAACCAUGUUUUAUUUUCAUUAUGGACUACUGACAUUUUUCGCAUUUUCUCAACAUUGCUCAAGUUACAUUUGCUUAUCUUCAAAUGAUGUCGAAAAUGAUAGUUCAGCUUUUCCCCAGGAAACAACUGACAAUGCUUGGCUAAUCAGAAAAAGAAAAUUACACAAAUUAUCUGGUAAAUAUACGACAGGAAUACGUAUAGAAAAUGAUCUUCAACUGGGUCAAGUAUUUUCAUUCGUCACCAACCGUGGAAGGAUGGCUUUAAGCAGUGCAAAAUGUUCGUUCUAUGAUAAAAACUUGAGAAUUAAAUUUUGGUUAAAAUUCUAUAAAGGAAUAUCAAUUUUGAGUGCAGGUGGCUACACCAAACGUCUGAUUGGACCUGGAAUUAUCUUUAAAUAUGAAAAGAAAUGUAAAAAGUUUCGUGUUAGUGUAUCAACAACAUCAAAAUUAUGGACAGUACAUUUCACAAUGAAGAAAUCCAAAUGGUUUCAUUUAAUGUUUGUCUGGUGUAAGAAAAAGAGCUUAGCCGUUUAUGAAAAUGGGCAAUUACUUGGCGAAGACAACCAUGGACAGAAUGUUCGAUAUCCAGAAUUUGAAAGCAUAAAUUUCACUCUUAUGCUUGGUAAUCCAGGUAUAUUUACCCGUCCAAGAUUCGGAGCAAUAUUUCAGAUAAGUCACCUAGUUUUACAGGUGCCACCGUCAACGAAACACGUGAAACAAAACAAAAAGUCACCCAAAUUUUGUGAGAAAAAAAUAAGUAAGAGAAGAGAUUUACUUAAAAAUACGACGAUUGUAAUAAUAUCGGCAGCUGCGAUGGCAAGUGUUAUACUCAUACUUACAUUGUUGGCAGUAGUAAUCCACAGGUUAAGGAGUCAACGUCAAGGAGAAUUUGUACCCGGACAGCAAAAAGACAUGCCGAAUAACGACGAAAUUCAACAUAUUUAAGGCCUGUUUCAACCCUUACAAAAAUUUCACAUUUGAUUUCAUAUAUGAAAUGGUAUGUAAAACUUCUC